UUGUCCUGCAACUUCAGCUUAAGCAAUUACCGAAGCUGAUUGACAUCACUGACAACUCCUCUACAAACUAUCUCCGAGGAGGUAGUGGUAUUUGAAUUGUCUGAGUUGUUGUUUUUGUUGCUCACCUCGAUACACUCAAAUAGUUGUAAAUGUACUAAAAAUGAGACAAGGGAUCCUCAGCGAUCACUUAGAACCUCUGCGUUCACUUGUCUGCAUUUGCAUAUGUAUUAGAAAUAGACAAGGGAUCCUCUGCGAUCACUUAGAACCUCUGCGUUCACUUGUCUUUGAGUAUCGAAAGCUUAAGCAUCAAGGCCUCUGUCGCCACUUCACAUACCAAAAGGAAUCAUCCACAGCACUUCCCCCCUCACAAUUUGCAUCAACCAUCCUCCACCAAUCUCAUCAAAACAUCAUAAAACAGUUAUGGCAUCGCAGGAACUUUUCCCAGAAGUUGUCUUGUCCGACUAUGAUGAUGCGGUGAUGUCCGACCGCGAGCUAGAAGCGGAAUUGAGGGCAACCAACCCAAAUAGUUCCGUUCCAGAUGGUGAUCCUGUGGUGGAACUUGUUCCGACCACCUCCGCUGCUGACAUCCGUGCGUCCAUUUCUGAGCCCUCCCAAACAGUGGCUACAGCAGCGCUUUCCCGUGUCAGACGCGCGCCUAUAAAUUCUAUGGUCCUGUGUCUGCUGUGCACCCAACCUCACGCGUUGCAGAAAUGUUCGGUAUUCCGAAGGAUGGCGCUUGAAAAUCGUAUUCGGACUGUAACAUACCACCGUUGCUGCUAUAACUGUCUACGUCCGGACCAUGUAUCAAAAUUCUGCCAAAUUAGUCAAAGGUGCAAAUUUUGUACGAAGAAGCACCACACAUUAUUGCAUGAAGCUCCGCGUACGAAGAACUUGGACACGGCACAACGCACCCACAAAUCCAUUGUUCCGCGAGGUACGUUUCCAGUACCACCGAGACACGUUUUACCCACAUUGAUGUUACCGAUAGGUCGCAUAAUGUCCCUGUUCCCCACUGUUGUUGUUCGUCUCUGUUUGCCUAAGUCAACCGUUGCGGUACGGGCAUUAUUAGAUCCUUGUUGUCCCGUAAGUCAAGUCUGUGUGUCACUUGUUAAUGAUCUUCGUUGGCCUACCACGUCAGUUAAUCAUAUGACUUACGCGGAUUUUAUGAUUAUGUCACGUUUUGAUCCGUCGCAGAGACAAUUUGUAACCGCUAGCGUCGCAAACAUAACACGUGGCGUGACACCUUCCUUUUCGGCUCCUCCUAACAUACGCGAUUCGUUUGUAGGUCUCGAAUUAGCAGAUCCUAAUUUUGAUCGCGCUGGUCCAAUCGCUAUGGUACUUGGGCCAGAAAUUUAUCAUAAAAUAGUAGAACCGCGCGUCAUUUCCAACCCUGGUCUUCCUACAGCAAUAUAUACUAAAUUUGGUUGGAUAAUAUCGGGUCCUGUGCCAUUAUAAUUGUAGUUUUCUUAAACUGUCACUUUUUGAAAAACAAAAAAAAAAAAAAAAAAUGUUAAAAUAUGAAUUAAAAUUAAUAAAAUGCUCAAAAUGAACUGAACUUACGUCAAACAUGUUUAUAUCAAUGUAUUUAUCUAAAUUUAUGAAUAUCUCUAGGUAUAUGUUGUUGAUUCAUAUGGAUAUAUGUAUCAAGGUGGGCGGCAAUGUAUAUGUUAGAUACGUUGUCCUGCAACUUCAGCUUAAGCAAUUACCGAAGCUGAUUGACAUCACUGACAACUCCUCUACAAACUAUCUCCGAGGAGGUAGUGGUAUUUGAAUUGUCUGAGUUGUUGUUUUUGUUGCUCACCUCGAUACACUCAAAUAGUUGUAAAUGUACUAAAAAUGAGACAAGGGAUCCUCAGCGAUCACUUAGAACCUCUGCGUUCACUUGUCUGCAUUUGCAUAUGUAUUAGAAAUAGACAAGGGAUCCUCUGCGAUCACUUAGAACCUCUGCGUUCACUUGUCUUUGACCAGCAAACUUAUUUGGAUUAAAAACUAAUCAUUUGUGUUUUUAUUUUGCUUUUUUAUACCUUUCAUAUCAACACCCAGUUUUACGUAUGUCUCCUCUUCAAGCAAUCACAACAAUAAGUUGAUGCAGGUACCGUACCUUUGAUUGGACAACAAUAGUUUCGUAUCACAAAUUACUGAUUUCGCUAGAUCCAUAAAUGUUAAAUAUAGCCGAGAAUUUUUAGCUAUCCAUUUUACAGCUAAAUAUAAUCCAAUAGUCAUCCAAAAUGCUAGCAUUUUUCCCUGCCCUUAACUUUUUUCUCAGGCGUGUCGAUUGGCUUCAAUUGUGUGAUCAGGAAAUUUUUUCUGUUUUUGGUUCAUUUGAACCCCUAAAUAUUUUACGAUCAUCCCAAAAGCAAGAGGCCCCCCUGCAUCUCCAAAUUUAGAGUCAUCUAUAUGAGUUGCUUGUCUACCAUAUUUGGCUAUAUUUGUCAACGAAAUCAGCAUAAAAAAGCCAGAAGUUCGCCUUUUGAUUAUCGUAUGUCCCCAGAUUUUAUCAUAGAACUCACCCAAAAUUUCGUAGCCAAUUUGUUUUCAAUAGUAAAGUCAUUGAAUCUGCUGAAAUUUGUAGGGUAAAAACUCGUUUAAUUAUAUUAGCGCAAAAAGUUCACUAUGCCAAUGAGUACAAAUGCCUUCUCGAAAAGCGAUCCUUACCCUCUAAUAGUCCCCUGCUAUCUUUAAAUCCAGUUUUAGACGAAUUUGGUGUUAUGCGAUUGAAUGGACGUUUAGUAAAGUCUGCUACUUUGUCCUACGCAGAAAAAUAUCCAAUUAUUUUGCCGUAUUCGUGUCGUUUUACUCGCCUCCUUAUUGAUUUCACUCACUCUAAAUCAGUCCAUGGAGGAAACCAACUUAUGCUACGCCUCAUACGGAUGGAGUAUUGGAUACCUCGGGUAAAAAUCCUAAUUCGAACAGUGAUCAGUCGUUGUAAGGUUUGUUUGCUUGAAAAAAAUCGGGCAAGUCCUCCACUCAUGGCUGCACUUCCACCGGAAAGAACUUCAGUUAAUCGACCUUUCACUACCACUGGAGUGGACUUUGCGGGUCCGUUUGAUAUUAAGUCGUUUUCUGGUCGUGCCUGCCGCAUUUCCAAAGGGUACGUUUGCGUCUUUGUUUGUUUUGCAACCAAAGCGGUCCAUUUAGAAGCAGCGUCUGAUUUAUCAACUGCCACUUUUCUGGCUACAUUUCACCGAUUUAUAGGCCGCCGUGGCUGUCCAAAAUCACUAUUUUCUGAUAACGGAACCAAUUUUGUUGGGGCUUCUCGUAAAAUUGAACAGAACUUUAGAAUCUUUAUUCGUGAAUGUCGAGACACAGUUUGUUCAGCUUUAGGGUAUCAAGAACUUACUUGGCAGUUCAUACCUGCUGGGGCUCCCCACAUGGGUGGUCUUUGGGAAGCGGCUGUCAAAAGCUUUAAGUUGCAUUUUUAUCGUCACGCAAGAGCACUGUCGUAUACCUUCGAAGAGUUUUCAACAGUUUUGACCCGAAUCGAAGCUUGCUUGAAUUCUCGGCCUCUGUGUCCAAUGUCUGAUAACCCUGAUGAGUUAGUUGCGCUUACUCCUGGCCAUUUUCUUAUAGGCGCUCCUCUCCUCUCACCACCCGAACCCCUAAUUGAAGAAUCGACAUUGAGUUUAGUCAAUCGCUUUCGGAAACUAAAAGCUUUAACUCAUCAGUUUUGUGUAAGGUGGAAAGAAGAAUACUUGUUUAGUUUAAAUAAGCGCUACAAGUGGAAAUACCCUCAAAGAAACGUUGAGAUUAAUGAUUUAGUUGUAAUUCGGCAUGAAAAAUUGCCACCCACUUCUUGGAAACUAGGUCGUGUUGUUGGUAUUCAUCCCGGUGAUGAUGGUCAUGUUCGUGUAGUGGAUGUACGAACGGACCAGGGUAUUGUCAGGCGACCAGUCGUUAAGUUAGUCGUCUUACCACACUAAGCAUCCCAAAUUAACUCUCAUCCUUUGUGUGAUGUCGUGUUUAUUUGUAAUAGUUAUGGCAUCGCAGGAACUUUUCCCAGAAGUUGUCUUGUCCGACUAUGAUGAUGCGGUGAUGUCCGACCGCGAGCUAGAAGCGGAAUUGAGGGCAACCAACCCAAAUAGUUCCGUUCCAGAUGGUGAUCCUGUGGUGGAACUUGUUCCGACCACCUCCGCUGCUGACAUCCGUGCGUCCAUUUCUGAGCCCUCCCAAACAGUGGCUACAGCAGCGCUUUCCCGCGUCAGACGCGCGCCUAUAAAUUCUAUGGUCCUGUGUCUGCUGUGCACCCAACCUCACGCUUUGCAGAAAUGUUCGGUAUUCCGAAGGAUGGCGCUUGAAAAACGUAUUCGGACUGUAACAUACCACCGUUGCUGCUAUAACUGUCUACGUCCGGACCAUGUAUCAAAAUUCUGCCAAAUUAGUCAAAGGUGCAAAUUUUGUACGAAGAAGCACCACACAUUAUUGCAUGAAGCUCCGCGUACGAAGAACUUGGACACGGCACAACGCACCCACAAAUCCAUUGUUCCGCGAGGUACGUUUCCAGUACCACCGAGACACGUUUUACCCACAUUGAUGUUACCGAUAGGUCGCAUAAUGUCCCUGUUCCCCACUGUUGUUGUUCGUCUCUGUUUGCCUAAGUCAACCGUUGCGGUACGGGCAUUAUUAGAUCCUUGUUGUCCCGUAAGUCAAGUCUGUGUGUCACUUGUUAAUGAUCUUCGUUGGCCUACCACGUCAGUUAAUCAUAUGACUUACGCGGAUUUUAUGAUUAUGUCACGUUUUGAUCCGUCGCAGAGACAAUUUGUAACCGCUAGCGUCGCAAACAUAACACGUGGCGUGACACCUUCCUUUUCGGCUCCUCCUAACAUACGCGAUUCGUUUGUAGGUCUCGAAUUAGCAGAUCCUAAUUUUGAUCGCGCUGGUCCAAUCGCUAUGGUACUUGGGCCAGAAAUUUAUCAUAAAAUAGUAGAACCGCGCGUCAUUUCCAACCCUGGUCUUCCUACAGCAAUAUAUACUAAAUUUGGUUGGAUAAUAUCGGGUCCUGUGCCAUUAUAAUUGUAGUUUUCUUAAACUGUCACUUUUUGAAAAACAAAAAAAAAAAAAAAAAUGUUAAAAUAUGAAUUAAAAUUAAUAAAAUGCUCAAAAUGAACUGAACUUACGUCAAACAUGUUUAUAUCAAUGUAUUUAUCUAAAUUUAUGAAUAUCUCUAGGUAUAUGUUGUUGAUUCAUAUGGAUAUAUGUAUCAAGGUGGGCGGCAAUGUAUAUGUUAGAUACGUUGUCCUGCAACUUCAGCUUAAGCAAUUACCGAAGCUGAUUGACAUCACUGACAACUCCUCUACAAACUAUCUCCGAGGAGGUAGUGGUAUUUGAAUUGUCUGAGUUGUUGUUUUUGUUGCUCACCUCGAUACACUCAAAUAGUUGUAAAUGUACUAAAAAUGAGACAAGGGAUCCUCAGCGAUCACUUAGAACCUCUGCGUUCACUUGUCUGCAUUUGCAUAUGUAUUAGAAAUAGACAAGGGAUCCUCUGCGAUCACUUAGAACCUCUGCGUUCACUUGUCUUUGACCAGCAAACUUAUUUGGAUUAAAAACUAAUCAUUUGUGUUUUUAUUUUGCUUUUUUAUACCUUUCAUAUCAACACCCAGUUUUACGUAUGUCUCCUCUUCAAGCAAUCACAACAAUAAGUUGAUGCAGGUACCGUACCUUUGAUUGGACAACAAUAGUUUCGUAUCACAAAUUACUGAUUUCGCUAGAUCCAUAAAUGUUAAAUAUAGCCGAGAAUUUUUAGCUAUCCAUUUUACAGCUAAAUAUAAUCCAAUAGUCAUCCAAAAUGCUAGCAUUUUUCCCUGCCCUUAACUUUUUUCUCAGGCGUGUCGAUUGGCUUCAAUUGUGUGAUCA